AAGUCGUCACUUUUUAUAAUUCUUCAUCACGCUAAUUUUGUUCUUUCUCCUCUCACUAUAAAACUCAUCAAACACCUCUUCAAUCCUCAUUUAAAUUCUGCAAUUACAAGACUGAAAUGGCUGAAGAAAUCUCAAUCAACACUGAGUGUUAUGCUCUGAGCUCUCUUCUUUUUACAGAGGAGAGAGAUUUCCUCAUCCGCAACAAUGGUGAUCAGGUCAAAAUCACUGAUCUGAGUGGAAAGAAUGUGGGUCUGUAUUUCUCUGCAUCAUGGUGCCCACCUUGCCGCAAUUUCACCCCUACUUUGAUUGAAACAUACAAAGAACUCUCUGGAAAUGGGGAUUUCGAAAUUGUAUUUGUUUCAUCAGAUAGAGAUGAAGAAUCCUUUCAGGGUUACUUCUCUAAGAUGCCAUGGCUUGCUGUUCCGAUUUCUGAUAAAGACACAAAGGAGAGCUUGGGGGAUAAAUUCAGUGUGAUGGGGAUCCCUCACCUUGUAAUCCUUGAUAAAGAUGGGAAAAUCUCAACCAAUGAAGGGGUGGGAUUGGUCACGGAAUAUGGAGCCCAAGCAUAUCCGUUCACUCCAGAAAGAGUAAAUCAAUUGAAAGAGGAGGAAGAGGAUGCAAAGAGAAACCAAAACUUGAAAACUCUUUUGGAAUCUGGUUCCCGGAAUCAUGUGAUUUCAAGUGAUGGGAAGAAGGUUUCUAUAAGCGAGCUUGAAGGAAAGAUGGUUGGCCUCUAUUUCUGUGUAGGCUCCUAUAAGCCCUGCACUGAGUUCACCAAGAAGCUAGCAGAGGUUCACAAAGUACUUAAAGAGAAAGGCGAGAACUUUGAGAUUGUAUUAAUCUAUUUGGAUGAUGAUGACGAAGAAGGGUUUAAGGAAUGUUUGGCACAAUUGCCAUGUGUUGCCUUGCCCUUCCAGGAUAAGAAGAUUGCAAAGCUUGCUCGCUACUUUGAGCUGACAUCCAUUCCCAGGCUGGUCAUAAUUGGACCAGAUGGGAAGACUCUGAAUCCAAAUGUUGCAGAACUGAUAGAUGAGCACGGUGCUGCAGCCUACCCAUUUACACCAGAGAAGCUGGUUGAGCUUGCUGAGAUCGAGAAAGCCAAACUUGAGUCACAAACCCUUGAAUCCGUUCUGGUUUCAGGAGAACUAGACUAUGUCAUCGACAAAAGUGGCUCUAAGGUUCCCGUGUCGCAGCUUGUUGGAAAACAUAUACUCAUUUACUUUUCUGCACACUGGUGCCCUCCAUGCCGUGCUUUCACACCAAAGCUUAUCGAGGUAUACCAUGAAAUCAAGGCGAAGGAAAAUGCAUUUGAGAUCAUAUUUGUUUCCAGUGAUCGCGAUCAAUCUUCCUUUGAUGAGUAUUACUCAGACAUGCCUUGGUUAGCCCUUCCAUUUGGGGACGAUAGGAAGACUUCUUUGUCUCGCAAGUUCAAAGUUCGAGGUAUCCCAUGUCUUGUGGCUAUUGGACCUGAAGGUAGGACAAUUACUACUGAAGCCAGACAACUCACUUCAGCUCACGGGGCAGAUGCAUUUCCGUUCACUGAAGAUCACAUAAAGAAUUUGAAAGAGGAAAUAGAGAAGAUUGCAGAGGGGUGGCCUGAGAAGCUGAAACACGAGCUUCAUGAACACAUACUGGUAAAGGUUCGCCGAGAUGGUUAUUAUUGUGAUGAAUGUAAUAACCCAGGGAAUAGUUGGUCUUUUCACUGCAAGGAAUGUGACUUUGAUCUUGAUCCGAAAUGUGCCUUGAAGAACGGGGUAAAGGUUGAAGACGAUGUUGAGACCAAAGAAGGAUAUGUCUGUGAAGGUGAUGUUUGUCGUAAAAUCCAUUCAGCGAUAAUGAGAGAGACAAAGAUGAGUUCAACAAGCCAAUCUACUGAUAUAAAUCAUCAACGACGUCAGCUAAUUGAUCCUGCAUUUCCUAAGUUCUUCACACAAGCCCCUCAAAGACUGCAGAAUUUUUUCAAGUCACAUCUUACAGGACUAAGGAAAGCAGGGCAGAGAAAAGAUGUACAUGAACUGCAGCAGGAUAUCAGAAAGGAACAGAAAUCUUCGACUGAUUUGGAAGCUGAUCUGCAGAAGCAGCUGCAACUUUGGCGAGCAAAUCCUCAUUGGGGUAGUCCACCACCUGAAAUUAAUGUUACUGUACCUAAAGGAUCACUUUGCAAUCUGAACGUGGAAUUUGAUGUUGGGUUGCCACCAGAUGCUGUGUACAACAUUGUCAUUGACCCAGAUAGUAAGAGGGUCUUCAGAAAUAUCAAGGAGGUGAUUUCGAGGAAGGUGUUGGUUGAUGAGGGGUCUAGACAGGUGGUUGAGGUGGAGCAAGCAGCUAUCUGGAAUUUCCUUUGGUUGUCAGGAACAAUCUCAGUCCACGUCUUAGUAGAUCAAAACAGAGAGGAUCACACUAUGAGGUUCAAGCAGGUUAACACGGGAUUUAUGAAGAAGUUUGAAGGUUGCUGGAGAGUAGAACCGGUAUUUGUUGAUGAGAAAAUGUGCUCCCCCUUUAAACCCAAAACCUUGUCAGAUUAUCGUUCAUGUACAGGAGGAAAAGGAAGGAUAGGAUCAAGGGUUAGCCUAGAGCAACUGCUUCAACCAGCUAUCGUUCCUCCCCCUCCUAUUUCAUGGUAUCUUAGGGGAAUCACCUCAAAGACCUCAGAAACGCUGAUGAACUAUUUGCUUGAAGAGGUUGCACGGAUUAAAGGCAUUUCUCAAGUAGCAGGUUCAAAUGGAGAUGAGAAGUCGGUUUCAGAAAUUACUAAUGAACCGGAUAUAGAUGAAGUACGUGACAUUAAGAAAAGAUGGGCUUUACGGAGAAGACAUGCUUUGCAUUACAGAAAGAAGUAGGUGCAAUGUUUGCUUUUGUUGAAGAUAGAUAGAAGGAUAUACAAGUAUUGUUCUGUGGAUUUGUGGAAGUGAUUCACUUUAUUGACUUAGGCAGAGAUGUGAAGUUCAAUUAAGUUAAGCCAAGAUCCUGUGAUUUUAUGUCAUUUCUCAUUGUUAGAUGGAUUUGACAGUAGUGCCAAACUGCUAAUGUGUUGUAAACUUCUGUUUUGCCAGAAUGUAAUUGUAGAGUUUUGCAGCAUCCUCCAUGAUCCAUUGAUGAGAAAAUUUACUUGUACUCCAUUUGUCCUUUUAUAUUCUUUACUA